GAUCUCCUAUGGUGCUGUAGUACUAUAAAUGAUCUCAUUUUCUGUGAAUUCUAACUUUGACUAUCUAGUCAGUAAAUAGUAAAAUUAUUAAGAUAGCUUAAGAGCUAAACCUUAAAAGCAUGCAUUUUCUAAAUAUGACAAGGUUUUGAAGACAAUUACCCGUAACGUGGGUAGAUCACCUUCUAAUGGUGCGUUACGGCGUAAGAUCUACCAUAACAAAUUUUGAUUUCGCAAUUCUUCAGCUCAAUUAAUUAAAAUGCAGGAAAAUUACAACAUCAAAAUUUGGUUUACUUGUUUUGUUUAAUUUCUGUAUUUUCACUACUAAUACUCUAUUUGUUUCAGUGUUAUCGCUUGAUUUUAACUAUUACUUUAAUAUGAAAACUAUUCUACGAUUUAUAAUAAUAACUAAUAAUAAUAAUAAUAACUAUUUGUUUCAGCGCUGUUCAGGUAAAUAAAGUUCUAAUUAUAUAUCAUAAUAAUAUUUAUUAUUUCAGGUAAAAUCAGGUAAUUGGUCAACUAUAUAAUUAAUUAUAUUUAAAUUACAUGAUACAUGGGAUUUUGGGAGGGGUAGCCUAAGGAAGCUAAAUGAACUGGUUUCUGGACAAAUGUUCGUGGGGUGGCCAGACUUUGUCACGAGAUAACAACCAUCGUGUUGUCUUCCGAAGGUUUCCAGUGAAUUUAGCUUACCCUGCUACAACAAACCAUCAGGUAGAUCAUUCCCUUCUGGUAUGACUCUGCAGCCAUAGGUAAUCCUUGCGCUGAUGGUGGGUACACAAUCAUCAUCAUCAUCAUCAUGACAAGGUUUUGAAGACAAACAUGAGAUGAGUAUCAGAUUUUAAUCUUUUAAUGAGUCAUUAGCAUAAUCGUAUGUGAGACAUAGGGUCAUGUCGAGCAAUUGAUUCAGUACAACAAAUCCACGCGGACAAUUUCAUUACAAACUAUUGGUUUUCGUCAGUCUUAUGAAGGACAGGCUCAGCUAUGCUGCAAAUCCAUAUAUUAGAGUCCGUUCAUAAACAUAUAGACCGAACCCUCAUAAAAUUUUGUCCAUACAAAACCAAAAUUGCAUGAAGUUACUACUUUGCCUCUCCUCAUGAAGUAUAUGUGAUUUAUGAACGAACUCCUAGUUGAAUCAAAUUAAUGGAUUUUUAUUUCUGGGGCACCCAUUGGGUAUAUCACUACAAUAAUACAAAAACCGCUAACUCCUCUUUAGUUUUCUGUAGUUACACUAUCCAUUUGAAGAUGUAUAGUAAAUAGUAGUAAUUCAUAUAACGAUAACCAAUAUCUAUAUAACUUCCUCAAUCCUCUUUGUAAGAUUUGGUAGAUAGUAUGACAGCAUUGAUUGAAACACGAGAGCUCUUAUAUCAUGUUAUUAUUCGCAUGGUUAAUUAUUUUAUGAACAAUAAUUUUAUUUGUGAAUCCGAUUUAAAAUAUUUGAAUAGUAAUUUUUGUUAAGCCAUAUUAAAAUAAUCACUAUCAUUAUCAAUUAAUGCUAUCCACUCAAGCUCUUCGCUACAUUAAAUUUUGAAUUACUGGAGGCUUCACUUAUUAACAAAUUUACAACAAACACGCUAUAACAGUAUCUAGGGAAUCGUGGAGGGUGAGAAACCUGAACUAGUAGCAGUAUUCAUAUAGAUUAACAAUUAUACUCUAUUAUUUUCAAUCAUUGCAACAUUAUACUAAUAUGUGCGGGCCGCCCAUUUGCGGAGUUGUGCGGCCAAUUAUUCUCUUUCCAUUCCAGAAACGACCGUUUUGAAGCAAGAAGUGUCCCAAUGGCCAACACAAACGGGACUUGUCCGAAACACACAAGAUAAGUACACCAAUUUUAUAAUCAGGCACCCAACUCUUUCUACUACUUUGCUAAUAGAUAAUGCAAUAUGCAUAUUUUGUUUGGGAGUAAGCUCACCCAGUCUGGCUACACCUCUGGAGCGAACUAGUACUUUCCCACCACAUUAUUUCUCCUCUCCCAUUGAGAGAUAUCAAUGACGUCACUAUUUUGAUCGUAGAACUUUAGGCCUUAAAUUAUCGCCAGUAGGCUCUAGCUCUUAAGAAGGACGGUUGGAGAAGAGCCAAAUUGGACUAUUUAGGAUUUUACUUUGUUCACUGUUUGAUGUGUAGAUUAUAAGUAACUGUAAAUAUAUGUGGAUUGUAGUGUAAUAAAUGUUGUAUAAUAUGGACAAUUAAUGGUUAAAGUGUCGGACUAUAUGUGGAAUUGUAUGAUAACACGAAGAAUCUGGACCCCAAAACGGAUGGAUACAUCUCAAUCCUGGAUCUACACCCCCAUUCGCGGCAGUGUUCCAUUCAAUUCCUAUUCAAUGUUGGUAAGGGUCCGGUAACCCAACAUAAUGGUCCUUCGAGCCGGAUUAUAUUCUAAAACCCGGACAAAGGACACUGCCAGCGUAAAGGAUAUGUGGCUUGGCGCCAAAGGAACAAUGGCAUCGGUCAGAGCUUACAAAAAGCAGCCAUCAAAAUUCCAGUCCCAUCAUCACUACGAUGGCUACAAUCUCCAUUGGAAACAAGGCCACUCAAGAUGGCCUAUUUGGAAGCAGUUGAGGAAUUUCAUAGGAUCCAUUCCCUCGGGCACUAAACUCAAAUCGAUUACUAACCUGCCAAGACUACACUACCCUGGAAUCGGUACGGCAUCUGGAGCUCAUUGGACAUCAUCAUCAACCUCGGCCGAGUGCCUGGUUGUCCAGGUAAAUACACUUUGUAUAUGUCCAGCCGAAUGCUCCAUGUAGAUACUGACACUCUUUCUACCACUUUCAUCAAUGGAAUAUCUGAGCAACUCAUGAUAUGCAACGGUGCCGCACAAUGGUCCAAACCAGCCACUUCCUACGACCAAAUUCAUCGCAACGAUAUCAGCUGUUUGCCGUAUUCUUCACCUGGAGUACCGCAGGAACCACUAUAUACACGGAUGCACAUCUAAUGGAACAGCUGAUAAUUAUUGGAAGAUCAAACAAUCAAUGCACCAAAACAAACUACGGCAGCUCCGAAGCACAAUCUGGCCACGAUCAAGCUGAUGGAUUAAUUAACGUCGCACACAAACUUGGGGUUUCAACGAUACUGUGUAACUUCACCAGUGAGAUUACUUGGAGCUCACUACCCAAGGGCGACGUCACCACUUUCACUUCACUGUCAUGGAUGGAUGUAUCGAAAGCUUCAACACAGCCAAGUGGCUGCACCUACUUGGUCAGGUAAGCAGCUUACGUAUAUGUCUAGUCUAGAAAUCCUCUACAUAGAGAUAAGCGGAAGUUACAUAUGUCGAUUCGGCAACGCUGUUCAUUUUGUUUACAUCAGCUGCCAACACUUGCUGCAAAGCUAGAUGUUCAAACUUUGUGCGUGACUUCGUAGUGGUUCAAGUUGUUUUGUUUACAUUUUCUAAUUAUAAUAUUUUUUUUUUAAAAAUUUUGAGAAAAAAUAGCGGAGCAAUCGAUGAAAUCUGAAAUUUAUUGUAAAGUGUUAAGCUAAACAUAUCGGCAGAACUGAAGCAAGAAGCAGCAAUAAAAGUUUUUUCGAGAAGUGCAGCAACAAAAGUUUCGUCAUACUUUUGAAAGCAGAAUUAACUAAAUUCUAUCUUUUUACUAAACUUACAUAUACCGUCAAUUUCUCGAUAUUAAAAAUAAAUAAUUUUAAUUUAUUUAGCUCGGAUUGCAAUACCGUUCAAUCGACGCCUUCUUACGAACGAUCAGCCUGUUCAUUUGGCUCACACUUUGACAGUUCUUUCUGCACGAUUGGCUUACAAUGGCCGCCUCCGCAGAUCUCUAUAAUGUAGGAUUACUAGUCUAGUCAAGCUAGGCAUGAACACUUUCGAUACUCACACCAAUAUUACAUUCUCGGAAUCGUCAUCUUCGCCGUCGUCACUCAUUCCCGAUAAAGACACUAUAUGCAAAGACACGAAAUGUUCCAAUUGGAAUUCCAAAUUUGCUGUCAAUGUCGUUCCAAUCGAGCAGGAGACCUGUCAAACGCGCUUUAAAAGCAUUGCUCGACAGCAUCAUCGUCAUGACGCGACAAUCAUCAUCAACAGCAACAAUCAUCAGAUUUCGUGUCUUUAGCAUACAGUGUCUUUAAUUCCCGAGAUCGAGCUACACGGAAAUCUACCAAGCUAUGGAAAACGAGUCCAACGUACCGUGGGGUGCCCUAAUUUUGCGCGGCGCCAAACUUCGUCAAUCACCGGAUUAAAAUAGUUAUUAUGCUUUUGGUCGAAAUGCGAAGUGACCGAACGUGCGAAAAUUGAUUUUUAACCUACUUAGAAAUGUCGCAACUCAAUUUGGAUUAGUGCAUAUUGUUGCUCUUAAUUAGCUUAAUGAUGCGCAACAGAAAAAAAAAAAUUCAAAUUUACUUCGCAGCUGCAACUUCGCAUGUGCUUCUAGCGACGACUUCGAUUUGGUGGUGCGACGAUAAUAUUUAUGCAACAAGUUGCAAAAUGAUGAUUUUUUCAGCACGAGUUGUACGUUUAUCCAACGAGGCUUGCCGAGUUGGAUAAAUACGACGAGUGCUGAAAAAAUCGAGUUUUGCAACGAGUUGCAUACAACAUUUUUUGUAAUUACGAAAAAUACCCGUUCCGGGCAGUCUAUCAUGCCAUCUUACAUGAAACAUACAUGAAAUCAGGAGGAACCACGUGGAAACAUCCAUGGGCACCGGCGCAGUUUUUUAUUCAAUCAGGUAGGCUAUGGUCUAGAAGGUGUCACAAAUUUUCAAGCUCCCGUCGUCGUCGUCGUCAAUCAGCAACAUGAGAAGGAGCAAAAGUAGCUUCAGUUGCUGCUUCUUCACCUGAUCGGCGGUCCGAAUCGGAACGUGAAUAGUCUUGAUUUGGAUUCGAGCUGCUAUUAGGACGUAUGAGCAGCAGCUGUAUCUACGGAGAACGCGAUAGUGGGCAAAAUGUAUGUGCUGGCAAAAGUGCCGAAAAGUGCUACUUUUCAGCACUCUUUAAGAGUGCCGAAAAGUAAUACUUUUCGGCACUUUUGUUUUAGUGCAGAAAAGUAGGCCGUUUUAUAGUUCCAACCGCGAGUGAAAAGUAGGGUAAUAAGCAACGUAAUUACAAAAAGAUAUUUUUGCCAAUACUGAGCCUUUUUUGUUACAAUUUCGAUAUUACUACAAACUUUCAAUAUUCGCGAACACUUUCUCAUCCAAAACUUAAAAAAAAACUAGGGUAACAUCAAACAAAAAUUUUGAAAACAAUGAGCAUCUGUCAAACGCCAUGUUUGCCUGUCUUGCAGCAGCAGCACCGAAGUUGUCGCGCGCAGCGAAAUUAGUGUUUCUUCGUAAAAAAAGUGAAAUUAUUGCAGAAAAACAUCACCAACUUCAACAACCAGGUACGUAACAGUGACAAAACUAUAAUAAGGUGUGAUAAAGCUUUAAGUUUUGAAAUAAUGGACGCGUAAUUGUUUUGCACGAAAUUUGGUGCCUGGAAAUUUGGUGGAGCCUAAUUUCGAUCAUUGCUUUUGUUUACUUUUCAGGAUGCCACCGAAGAAGUAUAUGCAGCAUAAUCCGGAAAAAGUUUCGGCUGCGCUGAAAAUGAUCCGUACUGGACAUUCGGUACGCCAUGCCGCCUUUUUCUAUGGAGUGCCGGCCAGUACCCUAAGGGACAAGUUUAGGCUCAGUCAUCCUCGAUCUAGACCAGGAGCUCCUACGGUGUUGAACGAAAAAGUCGAAGAUUAUGCUGUUGCUUGAGUAUUGGACAUGGCAAAAGCUGGCUUCCCCGUGAGUACACGAACGCUGAGGGCUAGCGUAGCGUACUAUGUAAAAAAGCGCGGAGUACCCAACACCUUCAAGGAUGGAGUUCCCGGUAAGAAAUGGACCAGGCUUUUCCUCCGACGUCAUCCCAGCAUUAGUCGUCGAGUUCCCAGUCUGCUUCCAAAAUAUCGGGCUGUUGUUACGGAAGGGCAAAUCCGAUCUUGGUUCGCGGAAAUUACUAAGUAUAUUGAAUCGGAAGGUCAUCAUCAAAUAUUGCAAGAUCCAAGCAGAAUUUUCAAUAUGGACGAAACAGCGGUAUCCACCGUUCCAACUAAAGAAGUAGUCCUAGCGGGUGUCGGAAGCCGAUACGUGCAUGCCCGAGUUGGGAAUUCAGAUAAGGAAUCGUAUACAGCCUUAUUUGGUGCAAGCGCAUCAGGAGUAUUAGUGCCGCCUCUCAUGAUUUUUCCAUAUAAACAAAGGAUUCCACGCGAUAUCUUCCAGAUGCUACCAGAAGGUUGGGCUGCUGGUAGAACCCAGUCGGGAUGGAUGAACCGCGAUACAUUUUAUGAGUACCUUCGAGAUGUGUUUGUUCCUUGGCUGCAGAACCAGGAAGCCGAAUUACCAGUGAUCCUAUUCGUUGACGGACACAAAUCUCAUGUAUCACACCUUUCCAUGGAAGUAUGCAAGAAAUCUGGCAUAAUAUUGAUUUGUCUACCAGCCAAUACAACCCAAAUUACUCAACCUCUGGAUGUGUGUUUUUUUCGACCUCUGAAAGAGUACUGGAACCAGAUUCUCGUAGACUGGAGAAUAGACCACCGUGGCGGUCAGCUUCCGAAAUGUGAAAUUGCUCCACUGUUGAAAUAGGCUGUUGAUAAAAUGGACAAUCUAACAUCAACACUUGUGAAUGGGUUCAAGCGCUGUGGUUUAUUUCCGUUUGACCCAGAAUCUGUGAACUACUCUUCGUUGACAUCCGAAAACAGUGCUGUACCAGAGCCCAGUCCUGUAGAAGUGGAAUCACUCGUAACGCAGUCGGAUGGCGGAAUUCGAGAAUCUUACUUGGAGUAUUUUGAAUCUUACUUGUCACCGCAACAAAUGAAAUGCUUCAAGGAUAACUUGAAAAUGAGAAACUGGACUGGACCAACAGAAGACACAGGUUUGUUUGCUGUAUGGAAAAGAAUGAGAGACAAUAGCUGUGGCUCCUCGGAUAAUGCCAUCAUUGAAGCAGCGAGUCAUCUGUCGGAAGAAGAAGAACCAUUAUUCUUGGGGUUUCCGGAGGCUGCUCUUACGCUUGAUAUGGUCGAUUAUCAAGAUGAAAAUCGUCGCCCAAUGCAGCAGGAAACUCAUACUACCGUUGAUGUUUUGAGCGAGGCAUUUCCGAAACCACAUGCAACACCGAGCACGAAACCGAAGAAGACUAAAAUUCGUCCCCCUGCUGUGGCCACCGGAAAAGCAUAUAAAGAGUUCAUUGAAAAAAUUGAGAAGCAAAAAAAGGAAGAAGAAAUGGCUAAGCAGAGGAAGAAAUUGGAAAAGCAACUGAGAAAGGCUGAAAAAGAAAAAGAUGCCCUUAAGAAGAAAUUUGACAAACAUGUUCGACGCCGGGCUGUUUGACCGAACAGCGAUUGGUUAUGUUCAUUAAAUAUAUGUAACUGAAUUCGAAUUUUCAAUAAAAUUGUUGCUAUUGUUGUUACAUUUCGUUACUCUUUUUAGUACAAAACAUAUUUUUCGAAUAAAAAAGAACAUAUGAGAGCAAUUUAUUGAACUUAACUAAUGCACGAAGUUUGGACCCUUUAUGCGCGAAAUUUGGCACCCAUGAACGAAAUUUGGAAAUUUUUAUCAAUUUAGAUUUACUUCAAAAACUUUAUUAUGUAUUGAAAAUUUUUCCAUUUCAUAUUUUUCUAGUAUACUACAGUACUGUACCAAAUACCACGGUAAAAGGUUUCUUCCAAAAGCUAAUGAUUAGUUGUUAUUUGAAGUCAAAACUUUGUGAAACCUUAAGUGCACGAAAUAUGGGCACCUCACGGUACACGCUCGAAAACCUACCUGACGACGCUACACCGACACGAGCUUUCGUUUGGUUGUCUUCAGUACUAUCAGUCGAACACUAUCAUACGGCAUGGACUCUUGUGUCUGGACUGGAGGAAGAUCACACAACCGAUCGGCAUCAGCACAACCAAGAAUGCAUUAGUGUUCACAAUUUGGAUGCACAAUCAACAGUUAUCGGGUCACGAGCACAAAAGGAUCGUCCAUCCAACAGGUCCAACGGACACGAGGGUGUUCGUAUCAUUGGCUCCGGGACGAGGAGUGUCCAAUUAUCCUACCACGGCCCACGUACACACAGGGUGUGCAUUCCGCAGCUAACGGAUGUUAUGGAGUCCGUCAACGGUUUACGAAAUAAUACCUCACACAUCUCCGUUUCCACGGCAGUGGGACCCAGCGAGGGUCCGAAUUCCAUUCCCAAAAGGCUACAGGCACACAGGGUGGUCUGUCUUACGGUUUCUUCCGUUCAUGGAGGUUGCAUACACACAGGGUGUGCGCAGCGCAUUUCGUUGGAAUGAGAAGUGCGUUUCACCAAAGUCGACGAUCAACAAGAUGGCAUCACGGGUAUGUCAUCAGAUCGACCCAAACCAUUAGCACAACGGGUGCAUGAUGGCUUUCCAAGGUUAGGGCAUAUAGGGUGUCCGUCAUCCAUUCGAGCACAAUGGGUGCUCGGAUUCAUAUCCAAUGUUGGAGCACAUCAGAUGUUUCCAACUUCACCAAGGAUUGUACACAAGGGUGUUCAAAACCAUUUUUGCGGUUCGAGUACAACGGGCACUCGGGCAUACUUCCAAGGAUAGGACACAGAAGGGUGAUUCCUGACCAUCUCUAGGAUUGAGCACAAGGGUGUUCACGGUCACUUCCAAGGAUUGAGCACAUGGGUGCUCAAAACCCACUCCAAGAUAGAGCACGAGGCGAGUGUUCUAAACCAACUCCUACACUGAGCACAAGGGUGUUCUUGGAAAAUCAGAACUUCAAGAUACUAAGGGAUUCCAAUAACACUCCCAGGAUAAAUGGAACUGAUGCCACUUCAAACAUUGAGUCACCUGUGGUAUAUUCAAUACGUUUUUCUUCUCUGGUGACGACAAAACACUCCAACUGGACACGUUAAAUUGCAAUCGUUCUGCGCGACGCGAACCAACCCUAAUCGACGAACGAAAGGAACUAACUAACGGAGGCGAAUAUUUUAUUGCAACACAUGCAUGAGUAGAAACUCAUUGCGGAGAAAAACCGUCGCACCAACGAUCACCAUCAAACCAUUCCCAAGGCAAUUAUCAUACACCCAAAGGAUUCGCCACAGAUGUGAUCUAUUUUCCAGUUUUGCAUCGGACCCAACACAAUCAACAGGACGUGGAUAGGUGAUGUGAUUCGAUCAUGUUCACAUGAAUACGAUUGGCUCUCUGUGCCUUUCGUUAAGGUAAGCAGAUAUACACCGUAUAUGUCCAGCGAAGCUAGGACCGCUCUACAGGUACUACAUAGGCAUCUCUCUUUCUCAUAUGGCUCGAGUCACAUGGUACCAUACAUCGGUUGGGUACUCAACUACUACGAAACCGUGAACUUCGGAUCAUCUCGGAUGCAACCAUGACGUAUGAAGCGACUUUGAUCGACGUCAUCGAUCCAAUUGGAAACUGGACAUUGCUGCGAACAGAGAUGGAAUCCUCCUCAGAGCAAAACAAGAGAACAAAAAAUCUGCACCACGCUCCCGCAUCCAAUGCCAGAGUGGCUUCUCUCGGUUUCUUUCACCUUCCUGCUUGCAGCUUGUGACACCGAAACAUGUGCGGAUUUGUUCGCACAAAAAAGUGCGUUUGCUCAAAAUUGAGGCACUUUGUGCACCGGGAGUUAACAUAAAUAUGCUUAUGCUCAUAAAAUUAAUAAUUUGCAAGCGUACAAGUAUUUAUGUAUGCAAUUGUGUCAUGCAAUGCGAACGGAACGAUCAAACCGCGUAAAACGCCGGUGAAAUUGUCGAUCAACUUUGCCGGAGCCUCAAAAAUGAUGCACAAAAAUGUUUCUCUUUGUGCUGGUUUUUUGUGGUUCGACGUUUCUCUUUGUUUUCGCAUGCUUCCUCCUUGCGCUACGCUCCCGCACAAACGAUAGCGGUGGGAGCGUACAAAGAUAAAGAGAACAAAAACAUGCAUUUGAGGCACAUUGCGGGAGCAAAUGACAAGCCUGGCUGCGAAGAGGCAACCACAACCACUGCAUUUGUUAUAUCAGAACCAACAGGAACGGCAGUUAUAACUAGACAUUGUACAAUAAUUUCUUGGCUUGUAUACGGUAGAUGUUUCCGGCAGUUUCAAGGUAGUUUUCAAAAGGUGGAUGAGAUCUAACAAGCAUGUCUAGCUAAAAAUCGUAUGAGAGUGGUAGGCCCCCAAAUAGGAUCAAUUUGUUAGAUUCAGAAAUUAGGAAUUUCAGGGUAAGCUCACCCAGUCUGGCUACACCUCUGGAGCGAACUAGUACUUUCCCACCACAUUAUUUCUCCUCUCCCAUUGAGAGAUAUCAAUGACGUCACUAUUUUGAUCGUAGAACUUUAGGCCUUAAAUUAUCGCCAGUAGGCUCUAGCUCUUAAGAAGGACGGUUGGAGAAGAGCCAAAUUGGACUAUUUAGGAUUUUACUUUGUUCACUGUUUGAUGUGUAGAUUAUAAGUAACUGUAAAUAUAUGUGGAUUGUAGUGUAAUAAAUGUUGUAUAAUAUGGACAAUUAAUGGUUAAAGUGUCGGACUAUAUGUGGAAUUGUAUGAUAACACGAAGAAUCUGGACCCCAAAACGGAUGGAUACAUCUCAAUCCUGGAUCUACACCCCCAUUCGCGGCAGUGUUCCAUUCAAUUCCUAUUCAAUGUUGGUAAGGGUCCGGUAACCCAACAUAUUUCAAUAUCAAUUAUUUGUUGUUUGCGCCUUUAUUUAUGACACUAUUGAAGCAUUCGUGUCGCCGCGGAAUAGUUUACAAUUUAUCUUAUUCACAUUUUUCAAUUCACUUUAAAGUAUCUAACACUGCUUUUACAAUUGUGUGUGUGUGUGUGUGGUCCUUCUAACCCCCACUGUCCGGCAGUGGUAUUAUGGAAAUUAGCUUUUUGCAACGCUUUUGUUUAUGCUGAUUGCAAUUAGCUUAAGUCCGGGAGCUAGAUGGUGAUAGCUCUAUUGCAGAUCCAGUGACCCAUUUCAGAAUGGCUGGAGAGACACGUCCAUUCAGAAGUCACUUUCAUAUACAAUAAGCCCCGCAUGUCUGUAUUACCGUUAUCAAAUGGAUAAUGAUAUUACAUACACACUUCCGGGUUUGAAGUUGUUUUCUUCAAACCUAGCGCGUAUUUAAUUUAUUGGAGGUAAUAUAAUAAGUGAAGUGAAUAAUUGUUUCGAUCUCACCAUUUUCGAUGUUCUGCUCCUUGUAUUAUCCAUUCCAUCAUUAUCCUUGUUUGCAUUUGUUUUCUCCAGCAAUGAUUGGUUCUCCAAUUUGUCCUCGUUCCUGAUUCUCGGGAUAUUUAGCAGUUCCUAUGCUCAUAUAUUGCGUAGUAGAUCCUAUCCUCACUUGUGUAUGACCUUUCGCUUAGUCAUUGUCCUCUAUUGGCUCCUGUUCGCAUUACUUCGAAUUGUAAUCUUGCUUCUUUGUUCCCGCUUCCUUCUAUCAGCUUAUUGUUCUUUGUUGAUUCUUUUUCUUUUUCCUUUAAUUGAUUCCCCACCUAUUGAUUGUAAUAAAAGAUGCUUUUACAAUUGUGUAUGUAAACUUGUAUCUUAAUUAUGUUCAUUAUUAAUAGUAGUCUGAUAAUCCAAGUCUAGUGAUUUUUUCCCAAGGAAUAGAAAGAGUUGGUGUCAUAAUCAAUACAAUACUUGAAACUGGAAACUCUUUAUUUCCCCCUAUGGGUUAUAGGGAGGGGCGGGACAUUCGAGCCUACUCAUCGGUGGAAAGGACUUGCUAUGCUAAUCGGUUGAGCAUAGGGCAGAUACAAGUCUACUGGUAGACGUAUCGCCCAGCGAGUCAACGCAGAUUGGCCACGGCCCGGGGGUGCGUUGAUUAUAACAGAAUAACAGAAUAUAUUGAAUCGAGAGUUGAGGUGUUAAUUUUAUUAAGCCCCUCUAUUAUCCAAUCGUUACAAAACAUAUCGUUUUUGACUGAACUGCGAACGUAGAGAAUGUGUUUGUACAUAGUAAGUAACACUAUGUGUUCAGAAUUAGGACCACGGCUUCUUAUGGUGUCCAUAAUUAGGAACACGUCGUCCACAAACAAAAAUAUGUCUAGAUCAGAGAUGGGAAGUUAUUAUGAGAUUUAUUUUAUUUUAUACAUUUAGCUAGACAACAAACACAUUUGAUGGUAAUGUGAAGCAUUAUCUCUAGCAACAAGAACUUCCAUUUAUUUCAGUUGUUCCGUGAACAAAUAGGGAUCUUUACCGCUUCUUUUAGCAACUCACAAACUCCGAUGUUGGGUGUGACGACAGCUUUAAGCUGAAAUAGUUUUUUUAUUGUUAUUUGCAUGUUUAGAUUUCUGGUGUUCGAUUUGAAUAGAUCGUAUGUUUGCUGUGAUUCCUAUGCAGAUUCGACCUAUUCAAAUCAAACACCAGAUUUAGUAGUGAAAACUUACAAUUUUCGGUGUGCCCUUUUAGGUUAAUUUCAACGUGUCUAUCCGUAAUGUUUGUCUAGCUAGGAUCUGUGUUUAGGUUAAGGUUAGAAAAAGUUUCUUUUCUAAUCUAUAACAAACUUACUGCUGUGAUAGACCACUGUGAUAACUAGAGCAAACUGUGAUAAUAGAUUUAGGUAUUUAUAGUUCAACUAGUGUAGUCGUAGGAUUUAACUAUAGAAUAGAAUAGAAUAGAAUUUAGAUAAAUUAAUUUUAGUUUUGAUAAUCCCUCAUCACCACACCUUUGCCUGUGCAUUCAAUUGCUUCACAAAACUGAUUGAUGUUCCGUUUGCUGACUUUCCCUGACAGUUGACGUUUCAGCGUGCUUCGCCAUUGUUCGGUUGCGGUCACACCGCGGGGAAGUGCUGGCAGUAACAUUAGUGUUUGUUGUGAGAUUCCCUUAACCGUUCAGAAUAUGGGUACCGCACGGUAGCUAAAUGUAUAAAAUAAAUUAAAUUUCAUAAUAACUUCCAGUCUCUGAUCUAGGCAUAUUUUUGUUUGUGGACGACGUGUUCCUAAUUAUGAACACCAUAAGAAGCCGUGGUCCUAAUUCUGAACAUAUAGUGUUACUUACUAUGUACAAACACAUUCCCUACGUUUGGAGUUCAGUCAAAAACGAUAUGUUUUGUAACGAUUGGAUAAUAGAGGGGCUUAAUAAAAUUAACGCCUCAACUCUCGAUUUAAUAUAUAUAUUCUGUUAUUCUGUUAUUCUGUUAUAAUCAACGCACCCCCGGACCGUGGCCAAUCUGCGUUGAAUCGCUGGGCGAUACGUCUACCAGUAGACUUGUAUCUGCCCUAUGCUAAACCGAUUAGCAUAUCAAGUCCUUUCCACUGAUGAGUAGGCUCGAAUGUCCCGCCCCUCCCUAUAACCCAUAGGGGGAAAUAAGGAGUUUCCGGUUUCAAGUAUUGUAUUGAUUAUGACACCAACUCUUUCUAUUCCUUGGGAAAAAAAUCACUAGACUUGGAUUAUCAGACUACUAUUAAUAAUGAACAUAAUUAAGAUACAAGUUUACAUACACAAUUGUAAAAGCAGUGUCAGAUACUUUAAAGUGAAUUGAAAAAUGUGAAUAAGAUAAAUUGUAAACUAUUUCGCGGCGACACGAAUGCUUCAAUCUAUAUAUAUAAAAAUGGAUUUCCGUCUGUCUGUCUGUCUGUCUGUCUGUCUGUCUGUCUGUCUGUCUGUCUGUCUGUCUGUCUGUCUGUCUGACCGCUAUGGAUUCGGAAACUACUGAACCGAUCGGUGUGAAAUUUUGUGUGUGGGUAUUUUGGGGGCCGGGGAAGGUUCUUAGCUUGGUGCGGGACCUCUCCGGUCUCUGGAACGGGGGGCUCCCAUACAGAUGACUUCGCCGGGGACGUCCCUAUGGAGCUGCAUGUCAAAAAAACACAGUAGGCAGGCAGAACGACGUUUGCCGGGACAGCUAGUAGUGUCAUAAAUAAAGGCGCAAACAAACAAAUAAUUGAUAUUGAAGUAUGCAUAUUGAAGUAUUUAUCUAUUAGCAAAGUAGUAGAAAGAGUUGGGUGCCUGAUUAUAAAAUUGUUGUACUUAUCUUGUGUGUUUCGGACAAGUCCCGCUUGUGUUGGCCAUUAGGACACUUCUUGCUUCAAAACGGUCGUUUCUGGAAUGGAAAGAGAAUAAUUGGCCGCACAACUCCGCAAAUGGGCGGCCCGCACAUAUUAGUAUAAUGUUGCAAUGAUUGAAAAUAAUAGAGUAUGAUUGUUAAUCUAUUUGGAUACUGCUACUAGUUCAGGUUUCUCACCCUCCACGAUUCUCUAGAUACUGUUAUAGCGUGUUUGUUGUAAAUUUGUUAAAAAGUGAAGCCUCCAAAACAGUUACGUGAAGUUGUAUCAAAAUUCUACAGAGUGUUGGGGAAGGGGAGGGGAAAUAAACAUACUUCUUCCUACACCUAGCAGUUCGGAUCUUCUGUUCACACUGUCAUUCCAACCUUCUUUCAGUGUGAAACGUUUCUGGAUCUGGAACGGGUGGUAUCACUUUACGCUACUCUUCUAUCAUGAACAUAGAUAGCUACUUUUAAAAAUAAAAGUUUUGUCCUACUACCUAUUUUAUACCUGAAAGAUGUUAAUUGGUCAAAUGUUUCGUUCAGCAAGUCUAUGUCCAUAUUGAUGAUACAACCUUUUAUUAAUGAGUAAUAAUGUUGCUCACAGUUGUGAGGCAAUAUAACAUUCAACUCGUUGAGGGCAAGUUAUGAACCUACAGAAAAUUUCUUAUUAGGCUGUUACCUCUAAAACUACUAAACACAUAUUGAAACGUGAAAUUGUAUUGUAAUAAUUGAUCCUAAUCUUAACCCUAUCACUGGAACGCGUUUGAAGCAAAUUGAUAUUGCUAAUGAUUUGG